CAUUUCAAGCAUGCCCUAAUAUCAUACAGCAGGUGCAAAUCACCCCUCUCUAAAUCGAAAUCGAGGAGUUCCAACUUUGGACCACGCGGAUCGCCACAGCAGUGCACUGAGACGUGACUCAGCUAGAGAAUUUCACUGUUGUAUAUACGUACCAAGAUACUAGAAAGAAAUCAGGACGAGAUCUUAGAUAAAGUUUCAGAGAUCUCGCUGUAUCUACACAAUACAUAAUAUCUGCCCGCACCUUUCAUGCUUUUGAGAAUUCCCAUGAUCCUGCCCGCCUGAAUGUACACAGUACACUGAUCCUGUGAUCCAUCCAUCCAGCGCAGCAUUACGUCCUUUUUCGGUUACCACAUUGCCCAAAAGGACGCAGAUAGCUAGAGACCGGAGGAGAGCGCCCCUCCCAAUCACUGCCGGAUCUUCUGCCCGGCCAGUACCACCACGGCACCACGCACCGCAGCAUCUUGUGUUGUACUGCCAGAAAGAAAUCAUAGGAGCUCGCCGGAGGGGCAAAAGAUCAGAGGGAGAUCUUUCUGUACCAUCUCCGUAUUCCAAAUACUCCUUUAUGAUCUGAGCCUGAUUAAUCUCUCGCAGCGCAGCGUGAUCUGCCUGGAUUGGAUGCAAUGUGACCCAAUCACACCUGAAACUUUGCCACCUUUUUUCAGUUACGAAAUGGCAAGCCAUGGAGAGGGAAGAAGCUCUCUCUGUCACUCCUGCUGGCUGGCUUCCUGGGUGCAGUCAACAGCGCAACCAACCCAUGAGAGAUGCCGCUCCAACCAACUCACCUCCCCACAGGCACGAGGACGGAGAAGGGAACCAUCUCACUUGCGUUCCAGCACUCCUUUCCUUUGCGGUUGCUUUCCCCGCGAGAUUCCUCAGCCUCCCCGCCCAUAUAACAAAGGAGAAGCCCACAAGGCACCAGCACUACUAGCAGGAGAGUGAGAGUGAGUGGCACUGCACUGAACGCCCUCUCUCGUUCGGUGGGAGACCGGGAGGCAGGCGCAGUCAGGCAGACAUCUUCCUCCUCCUCUAUCCUCCAAGCAGCAGCGAGCAAUGCCGCGCCGUCCGAGGGCUCCCCGCGGCGGCGGUAGCGGAGGCGGAGAGGAGGUGAAGAUGGAGGACUUCGUGGAGUCGAUGCUCAACUUCGGUGGCGGCGGCGGCGGUGGAGGGGAGGACGAGAGCGAGGAAGGGGAGCAGUUGCCGGCGGGGGAGGAGACCAAGUACAAGUCCAAGAACCUGGAUGCCGAGAGGCGGCGGAGGGGCAGGCUCAACAACAACAUCCUCGCGCUCAGGGCCGUCGUGCCCAAGAUCACCAAGAUGAGCAAGGAGUCCACCCUGUCGGACGCAAUCGAUCACAUCAAGAAGCUCCAGAACGAGGUCCUCGAGCUGCAGAGCCAGCUCGCCGACUCCCCCGGCGAGGCUUGGGAGAAGCAAGGCAGCGCGUCGUGCUCCGAAUCCUUCGUCCCCACAGACAACAUCCAUUAUCAGGGUCAGGUGGAGCUGAUACCUCUAGGAUCAUUUAAGUACAACCUCAAGAUCUUUUGGACCAAAAAGGCAGGCCUCUUCACCAAAGUCCUGGAAGCACUCUGCAGCUACAAUGUGCAAGUGCUCAGCCUGAACACCAUCACCUUCUAUGGCUAUGCAGAGAGUUUCUUCUCCAUUGAGGUGAAGGGUGAGCCGGAUGUUGUGAUGGUGGAGCUAAGGAACCUCCUGUCCAGUAUUGUGGAGGUUCCAAGCAUGUGAGGCUCUCGAGAAUAAUAACUCAGAUUACCCAUAUUACAGAACAUAUACUAUUUGUCAGUGGAAAUCAAAGACCACCUUUGUUAGAAAUAACUCUAGAGUAUGCCAGUAUGGUGUGGUCUUUGUGUAGGAACUAGGGAGCAUACAAAGAGAUUGACAAAAACUGACAGAAUUUUGUGUCCAAGUUGUACGCGGAGGCGCAAUGAACUUGUGAUUUGUGAACCAUGCCAUGAUUCGCCAUCAUCUUUAUUUCUAUCUUCUUUACUAAUGCAUGGUCUGCAUACAUCAA